AUGCAGGAAAGGGUUUUGGCACCGUGGGGCAACGUGGAGGAAGUUCGGAGCAGCAAAAAUGCGACGAAGUCAAAAACACGCACGGACAAAGAGAAAUCUGAAUCGAAGAAUGGGAUCGGAGAGACCGGCAAGCGAUCUCCAGAUGCUCUUCGGAUGGCGAAAGAGAAGCUAGAGAUCAAAAAGACCAAGACAAAAUCGUCACAUCCACCAGCCGUGUCGAGCACAGAAUCCAGCCAAAAACGAAAAACUCCGAAAGAGUCGAGCAUCUCCAAGGGAGAUCGCUCGAAUGCCGUCGACAAGAAAGCAUCUGAUAAGAAAUCGUCGGAUCGGCCACGACAGACUCCAGAAAAACGACCGUCAACGUCCAAGAGCACGCACAGGAGCGCCCAUCCCGCGGCUGUGAUAACGACCGACCCCAGCAAGAAAUCGUCUUCGCAUGGUCUGAGCUCCAGGCCUUCGAAAAAUGCGACGACAUCCGGAAACCGAGAGAAGACUGAGCGAGUCGCCACGAAGAUCGACAGGAAAACGCAAGGAAAUGAGGCCAAAAUACUUCCCAGCAGGAAUCGUGAUAAGCAGCUCAUCGUCGAGACAAAUGGGUAUCAAGGAAACGGUGUGGAUAAGAGUUUUUCGGAAGGUUCGGCGACGAGGAGUGGUUCUGCGAGGUCGAGGAGGAACUCAAAUGCGAAACGAUCCGAUUCGGAGACCGACAAUUAUUCCGAUGAUUUCAACAGCUACGAUUCGGACUUCAACUCUGAUGAUGAGGGGAACAGUCUCUCGGAGGAAACGGAAUCCUCGUCGGGGCCUGAAGAGUCGGAUCAUCUCAUCGCGGAGCCCGCAGCUCAUGUGCCCGUCGCGAAGAGAGGAGGCGAGGUCACUACAAGGAGUUUCCCAAGGGAGAAACGAAUCUCGACGAGAGCCGAGGAAAUCCUCUCGUACAUUCACCUCGAUCGCGCUAAGCAUUUGGCACUGAAUUUAGAGGGUAUGAAAUAUGACGGCUAUAUGGCGAAGUUCGGGGCUCGAGGCCGACAGCAAGGAGCCGUUCAAACUCUCGAACGAUCUGAGGAAGAAAGCCAAACCGAGGAAAUCGGCUUCAGGGAAAUAUGGACUCAACAUCCGGCCAAAAGCCUAGAAGGCGCCUGCAAAGGUUUCGUCCGUGGCGCGCCGCGAAUACGGGACGUCUUCCAGCUGACGCGUUUCGUGCAUGCAGCAGCUGAAACAGUGAUAUCGUUACUCGAAGAACAACUCGAUUCAUCCGAUGGCUUCGUCACACCGGAACCAAGUCCGAUUGCGGGUCUGGUGGGGAAUUUCACGCGAAUUCCCUUAUCAGACUCCCAUGCUGUUUCAUGUGUUUCGCUCUGCCCGACCAAGGAGAGCCGGAUCGCGGCCAUAUUCCGCAAAGGCAAUGAUGCUAGCACUGAUAACUCGCUGGCAAUCUGGGACAUCAGGGAGCCGACGGCGCCGAAAGAGGUGUUGUGUUGCCGAGGAAACCCAGAGAUCAUCUGUUGGAAUGAGGGUGACAUCCCCGCGUUAAUCGCUUCCCUUCAAGAUAGCACAAUUUCCGCUUGGGACCUCCGAAGAGUUCCGAAGGCGCCACCUGCACCGUGGGGAUCCGGUUGGGUACCGCAGAGAAUCGCAUCAUUCAGUUCGGCGUUGACCGAGGACGAACCCUGUCGUAUCGUGGGUCUGUGCUCAACAGGGCAGAGGAAAUCGACCCAAUGGACCAACGAGGGAGAAGCCUCGAUCGUGACAUUGGACUUCACGGGAAGACUCCAUUUCUGGUCUCUUAUCGACAUACAGGAAACGGAAAACGAAUUGGGUAUCGCGCCGGAAGAGACCCUUAAGCUCGUGAAGGCGGCCUCGAUCAAACUUUCGGACUUCGGUGGCGAUAUUCUUCAACAGUAUACCUCGCUCCGAGUUAUAGAUCAAGAGCUCUACAUCGGAAGAGAUAGCGGUACCGUGAUGCACCUGAGUCGGCACGCAGCGCCGACAUUCCCGAAACACUACUCGCCGAGAACUAAGGAAACAAUCGUUUCCCCCAUGGGCCCCGUAGUGGAUGUAUGUGAAGUAGGGGAUUCCCUGGUGAUUGCGACAAAUCUCACGGAUAAUCUCAGCGUUCUAUGGAUUCACGAUCGUGCGUCUGCCUAUCCGAUCCGCAACAUCGAGCACUGGGCUCGUAUCCUGAUGAUAGAUGGGUGGUCUCUCUCAGGAUCAAAACUUUGACACUUCCAGGCGAAUGAGGCGCUCUUCGUGAAUUCUGAUCAUCAGCUCUGUAUUGUCGACGUAACGACCGGCGCCGUGGAGCCGCUCUACGAAAAGUGA